UUGUGAUUACAAAGUCCCUCUCCCUGGGUUGCCCAGCAACGAGUCAACUCCAAAUUAAGAUGGACUCUUCUGAGAAACAGACAACUGAAGACAAUUUUCAAGGUGACCCCACAGGAAAGCAGAAAGCUUCUGGGGAAACGGAAAGCUCAAAUGUUCAGCCACCUCCAGAGAACAACACAACUUCCCAAUCAGCAGCUCCUGCAGCCUCUGAGCAGGUGCAGCAGCAGCCAGGUGGGAGUAGUGAUGUUGUGGAGGAAGAGGAGGAGCGAAUGGGGAUGAAGAAACUCUCUGAGGACAUGUACUACAACUAUGACGAGCUGUACUCCAGACCAGUCAUCACUGCAGACUCGGAGAUCCCAGAGAACCUGCUGCACCUUACGCACUCUUUUGGGUAUGACUGUGGGCGCAGGGCCAACCUGCAGUUGCUGGAUGAGCGAACGCUGGCCUUUGUGGCUGGAAACCAGCUCAUAUUCCUGGAUGUUCAGACCAAGGAGCAACGCUACCUCCGCUCCUGCAGUGGGGGAGGCAUCGGCACCAUCAUGGCCCACCCCAGUAAUAGGUAUUUUGCUGUGGCAGAGAAGGGAGACCAGCCCAACAUCGUCAUCUAUGAGUAUCCCUCACUACGACCCUACCGCAUUCUCAGAGGUGGGACAGGGCAGGCUUACAGCUUUGUGGACUUUAACCGUGAGGGCACCCUGCUGGCCAGUGUGGGUAGUGCUCCUGACUACAUGCUGACCUUGUGGGAAUGGAGACAUGAACAGGUGAUGCUGCGCUGCAAGGCCUUCUCACAGGACGUCUACAGGGUCACCUUUUCACCUGACAAUCCUGGGCAACUCACCACCUCCGGAUCUGGACACAUCAAGUUUUGGAAAAUGGCCAGCACUUUUACUGGUCUCAAACUGCAAGGGCUUCUGGGAAGAUUUGGGAAGACUGCCCUGACAGAUAUCGAGGGUUAUGUGGAGCUGCCUGAUGGGAAGGUAGUGUCGGGGUCUGAGUGGGGCAACAUGCUGCUGUGGGACGGGGGCCUGAUCAAGGUAGAGAUAUGCCGUAAGGGUGGCAGGACGUGCCACGCUGGCACCAUCCAACAGUUUGCUUUGGACGAGGGGGAGCUCAUGACCAUCGGCACCGAUGGAGCCAUUAGGGGCUGGGACUUUGAGAGCAUUGACACAGCAGACUGUAACGAUGACAGCGGUCUGUUUGAGAUUGAGCCCAUGAACGAGAUGGUGAUUGGACGCAACGUCAGCCUGUCCUCCAUGGUUAAAAGCUGCUUGCCAGACUCCUUCAUCUGGUUCGCCCAGGAUUCCAAUGGAGGCAUCUGGAAACUGGAUCUUUCAUUUUCCAACAUUACCCAGGACCCAGAGUGUCUGUUCUCCUUCCAUGCUGGAGUGAUCCAGGGGAUGGAUGUGUCCAGCACCAGCCAUCUGAUGGCCACCACCACUUUAGACCGCUCAGUCAGGAUUUUUGACUUCCUUGCAAAGAAAGAACUAACAACCAGCCGCUACAAACAAGGUGGAACAACACUGACCUGGGCGCCACGCCUGGUGAACCCUAGCGGAGGGCUGGUGGUGGUGGGCUUUGAGGACGGGGUAGUCCGUCUGCUGGAGCUCUACAACCCCCAGAGUUUACGAGUGGUUGCCGGGCGCAGUCGCUAUGGAGAUGCCGAGCUCCGUCUCAAACAGGCCUUCAAACCCCACAAUGCAGCUGUGACGGCCAUUGCAUAUGAACGGAACGGCGAGAUCCUAGCUACUGGGAGUAUGGACUGCACUGUGUUCUUCUUCACUGUGGGGGACAGGUAUGACCCCAUUGGGUUUGUCACAGUACCAGGACCUGUACAGGGGCUGGAGUGGUCCCCCCAGUCACAUGACGAAAACACCCUGCUGGUCCUGUGUAGGAGUGGUCAUGUAGUGGAGGUCCAGUCUCCAGACCCGGAGGCCCAGAACCACGGCACCACCUACCACAUCUCUGGCCUUCCCACAAGAAACUUCACCUUCAGCAGCAUCAAGUCACACAUCAAGCGGGAGGAGGAGAUUGCGCGCAGGCAGGCUCUGAAGGAGAAGAAGCAGAAGGAGAGAGAAGCACAGCUGAAGAAAGCCAAGGAGGAGGGCCUUGAGCCCACCGAGGAGGAGCUGCAGGAGGUAGAGGAGGAGGAAGAGCUGCCCCCUCUUUACACCCCUGACCCCCCCAGCCCCCUCUGCUGUGGCUUCUACUCUCAACCUGGGGCCUUCUGGCUCUCCAUGGGAGGCUAUGACUCGGGGUUCCUGUACCACUGUAAGUUUUCCGAGCAGCAGGGUGAGGACCUGUUACAGCUCAGGGAUGAGCCAUUCACCUUCCUGCCUGUCCAGAAUACAGACGAGGACCCCAUCUGCACCAUCACCUUCAGCUCCAGCAGGCAGCUGUUGCUGUGUGGCAUGCAGUCAGGCAGUGUCCGGGCCUACCCUCUGCAGCCAUCUGACUUCCACCUCACCUCCAUGCAGGCCUUCUGGGCCCUCAGCGUCCAUGACAACCAGUAUGGCCAGCUGCGCCAACUGCGCUGUAGCUUUGACGACCAAUUUGUCCUGACGACAGGGGAGGACGGCAACAUCUUCUCCUUCAGCCUGCUGCCCCAGGAGGACCUGCUUAAAGCCCUGCAGCGCAGCAAGGCCAAAGUCCCCUCACCACGGGUCGGCGUUGAAAUGGAGGGUGUGGCCCAGGAUAUCGAAGACCCGUCGGCGUACAGCAUUGAGACGGCUAAGCAGAAGUUGGAAAUGGACCGUAUGCGUCGGGAGGCUGAGAUGAGGAAGGUGGAGAGACGUAAGAUGCUGGCCGAGCUGCAGAACCAGUUCAAACAGCUACUGGAGAAGAACCAGGGUCUGCCCGAACACGUCCGCUUGCACCGCACGGAGUUGGAGCUGGACUGGCGGUUUCGUGAGGAGACUGAGAGGAUGACGGCCCAGAGGGUGAGAGAGGCCAGGAAGGAGCUGGCCUGGGAGGAGGAACGCCACCGCAUCGGACUCCAGAAACUACAGGAGAGGUUCUGGGAUUCUCUUGAGUCGGACACAGUUACUGUGGUAGCGUUCCAGAGUGACCACAGGAUCUCCACCUAUCGUCUGCUGGCACUGUCCCAGAGGUUCCACGAGCUGAAACAGAGGGGAAGGGUGGGGGGCCCGGGGGCAGUGGGGCAGGAACGUUGGAGGAACAAAGCCGAGGCCGGCAAAGACAGCUCCAACAUCACAGCGGACCAGGAGGACCUGGGUGAGGAGGCUGUUAUGGCGCCCCAUGUGGUGCGUCCAGGGGGCAGCAAGCUGGCUGGCCGCCAGGCAGAGAAACUCCGCAAGGCUACGGAGAAGGCAGAGCGGGCCCGGGCUAAGAUAGACAAGAGGAGGAAAGAGUGGGCUGAACUGUAUGCAGCAAAGCCCAAUGAGAACUGUGAGGAUCCGGAAGAUGUGCGAGCCAUCCGAUUGGCUACGGAGAACAUGGGUGACUUCAAGCUGAAGACGGCCAAAGACUUUACAGUCCCAGAACACCUGAGAAUGAACGCAGAGAAGAAAAGAGCUCAGCUGGUCCACUUAGAGGAGAAGAUCCAUGAGAGGAAGACGCAGAUGAACAGUCGCAUAAUGGCCCUAAGGGAUACUAAGGUGAGCCUUGUGUCCCGCCUGCGCUCCCAGGCCCAGCAGCUACAGGCUAUCCAGGAGCGCCUGGUGCCUCAUUUCUGCAGCCCGGUCCCCACCCUGCCCUCCCUGCUGCCGGAGGAGACCCCUGAGAGGAAGCUACGCUACACCCGCACCACCCUGCAGCGCUACGGGGCCCUGAGGGCUCAGAGGGCCUGUACCCGUGACCAGGAACUAGAGGGGGGCCAGACUCUGCUGGAACAGCUGGAAGCAGAGAUAGAGGAGGAGGAGACCCCCUGCCAUACACCUGCAGAUAGGAGGGAGGUGGAGGAAUCUGGGGUGACUGAGCUGGAGGAGGAGAUGAGGGAGGUGGAGGAGAUCAGGCUGCUGUAUGAAGAGGAAUCCCUGCUGGAACAGAUGUCGUCAUCAAUGUGGCAGUUUGAUGCGGAGCUGUGCCUGCUGCGUCACGAGAAGCUGUGGCUAGACAUUCAGAUGAAGCUGGCUGACCUGCGCCAUGUCACCCUGUUCCAGGAGCUGCUGCUGCUCAAAGAGUUUGAGAAGAGGGAGAACUCCUUGCAGGAGAGACUCAAUGCCUGCGUGGAAGAAGCGGAAUACCUCAGGUCUAAGUUGGAGGAGUGUAAGCAGGCACUGGAGCUGAAGCGGAGGGACAUCUCCAAGCUCCAGGAGAGAGAGAGGGCCAUAGCUGCCACCUUCCAGGCCUCUCUAGGGGAGAACAACAAGUUUGCUGACUUCCUCACCAGGGUCUUCAAGAAGAAGAUCAAACGUGUCAAGAAGAAAGAGAAGGCCGGAGAUGACGAGGAGCAGGAGGACAGUGAUGAAGAUUCUGAUGAAGAGUCUGACUGGGAUGAUGAUGAGGAUGACAGUGGCUCGGAGAGCGGUGGUCCUCUGGAUGACAGCGUCUGCCCCCCAAACUGUAACUCAGAGCUGUUUGAGAACACGGUGCAGCUCCGUGAGCGUCGUUUGGACCUCGAGGAGCUGCUGGUGGAGGAGAGGAAGACUGCAGACAACCUGAGGAAGGAGGGUGACUCCCUCGUCAAGAAGGAAAAAGGGGUUCAUGGCAGUCUGAAGGCAGCAGAGGGAGACCUGGAGCUGUUCAACAGAGAGAAACAACAGAAGCUCAAUGAGCUGGAUGUGGUGGUUCCACUCAGACUGCACCAGAUAGAGUUUGUGAGCAAUGGGGUGGUACCGUGCAGCCUGGCCCCAGCACUGGUGCUGAACACAGUGGCAUUGGGAGGACUACAGGAGAGGAUUAAAGAACUGCAGGUGGAGAAAAGUGAACAGAGAGACCUCUACAGACAGGCCAGGCAGCAGCACGUCCAGCUCAUUCACGACCGCAAGGACAUGGAGGCCAAGAUACAGAGUCUGGAGGCGCGCUGUGAGCAGCUGAUGCUGAUGAAGUUUGGGAAGCUAGUGGACCUGGAAGCCUUACAGACUCUGUCUGGCAACAGAAACCUGGAGGAGAUGAGACGGGAGAGCAGAGUCCGAGAGGCCGCUUACACACAGGAGCUCAGACAGUGGGAGGUGAAAGUGACAGAAGCCCGUCAUGCGGUGACAGAGGUGACAAGGCAUCACACCGAGCGUCUCCUCAGUAUGAACAGCCUGCUGAGCCAGAAGAAAGAAAUGGAGGACAAACUCAACACCAGGCAGAGCAAGAUGGGUACCCAGUUCCAGGGCCGUCGGCAUGCUGAGGAGGACGAGAGGCGGAGGCUGUACCAGCUGGUCCAGAGUCAAGCUCAGGAGGCAAACGCCCUCCGCCAGGAGAUCAACAUCCUGUCCAGAAAGGGGGGUCACAUCCUGCCCCCCAGCCAAGCCACACUGCCCCACCUGCCCGAUGCCCCAUCCCGCUCCACCCGUACCAACCCAGAGAGGCUCAGACACUUCAAACUGGGAGGGGGGCAUCCAUCCACCAGCAGCCAGGGGGUGGAAUAGAGCCUAAACACUCACAUUGAUAAUACACACACAUAUUAUACAAAGAUAACACAUUCAUACAUUAAUACCUCUCAUACUGUAUUUUUGCUCACCUGUCCCAUACUGCUCCCCCCUCUUCCUCACACACACAUACUUAUACCUAGCUGUAAACAAGACUUUUCAGAGAAUAAACUUGUUAGAUUUGAUUGA